AUGGCGGCUGACGAGAGAAAUCUCACGAUAAGACGCGGCCAAUUAAAAGGCACGGUUACGAGAUUCUUGACUUACCUACAAAGUGAAGAAUUGGAUCCAAAUCAAGUAUCAUUAAGAAGGGAAAAAAUCGAAGAAGUUUGGCAUGAAUUUGACCAAAUUCAAACGGCACUUGAAUUGACGGAGAAUUUAAACGAAAGCACGGCGUACCGUAAGGAGUUCGAAGAUCUAUACUUUAAGGCUAUAGUAGAAGCAAAUAAAAUUGUAUCACUAGGAAUGGUAAAAGAGACUACCUCUGAACGAGGAAGUAUGGCGAUAGCGAGCGAAAGAAGUACAGGGAGAAACAGUAUGGCGCCUCAAGUGAAAUUAGCAGCAUUAAAAGUACCUGUUUUUAAUGGGGAUUAUUUAGAAUGGGCGUCGUUUUAUGAUACAUUUACGGCAUUGGUACAUACACACCCGGACCUAUUGCCCGUAUCGAAGUUUUUUCAUUUGCGCGAAGCGCUAUCAGGAGAGGCGUUGAACUCGAUAAGAAGUUUGGAGACCACAGCAAAUAAUUAUGAAAAAGCGUGGAGCAUUCUGUGUGCUAGGUAUAAUAAUAAAAAAGUGCGAAUUCAAGCUCAUGUGCGGGCAAUAUUUGAUUUGGAUGCGCUGCAGAGUGACUCGGCAAUAAAACUUAGGUAUUUUUUCGAUGCGUUGUCAGGUCACAUGCGAGCUCUAGAGGCGUUAGAGCAAGAACCGGAAAGUUGGGGGCCGUUAUUAAUGCACUUAAUUAGUACCAAAUUAGACAAAAAAACGUUACAAGAGUGGGAGGCGGGCAGCCCUAAAGACAGGAUUGCUGAAGUUUCAGAGAUAAUGCAAUUUCUGGAAAAUCGAUUUAAAAUAUUAGAAGCCAUCGAAUCAGCGAAAAACGUACAUAGUAGUACGCGAGGUGCUAUUAGUAACGGAUCGACAGGGCAAGGCAAAUCGAACAAAUAUAAUAAUCAAUUUUCGUCUUUAAUGAUAAGUGCGGGUUUAAAGUGUUACGUGUGUCAGUUGCCGCACACUAUCUAUAAAUGUCCAACGUUAAUUGCUUUACCGAUAAAAGAGAGAAUAAAUAAAGUAACUGAAUUAAAAUUAUGUAAGAUUUGUUUACGUCAGCACGAAAAUAAAAAGUGCUUUGCGAAAUAUUGCUUCAAGUGUUCGAAGCCGCAUAAUACAUUGUUGCAUUUAGCGCAAAUUAAAAAUGCAGAACAAGGUAACAAAAAUUCAACUGAAAAUGCAGAAGAGAGCACGUCGGCGGCAUCGUCAUCAAUAAGUGCGCAUACGCUGGUACAAAAUGACGAACAGGUAUUAUUAUCAACAGCGGUGGUGCAUAUACACAAUGCUAGCGGUGAAAACGUCGAAUGCCGUAUAUUGUUAGAUUCCGGCUCACAGUGUAAUUUAAUUACCGAAAAUAUGGUUCAAAAUAUAAGAUUAAAAAGGUAUCAAGUGCAGCACACAGUAAUGGGUAUCGGUGGGAUAACACAACCUGUUACGCGGGCUGUAAAUGUUUCAAUUACAUCGCGAUAUAAUAGUUUCAAUUUAAUAUUGACCUGCCUAGUGGUACAAAAGAUCACACAUUGUAUGCCUAAUAAUGAGGUUGAAAAUUGCGUAGCUCCCAAUGAUAUAAAUCUCGCGGACCCGUUAUUUAGACGUCCGCAAAAAAUAGAUUUGUUACUAGGGAACAAACAUUUCUUCGAAAUAAUAUGUGCCGGCCAAAUUAAACAGCACGUGGCCGGACCGAUAUUUCAGGAAACACGUUUCGGCUGGGUGGUAGCUGGACCGGUCUUAAGAAAGAGCUGUAAGGAUACCAAGAACGUAAGUAGCGUAGCACACACGACAGCGUGUGUGGAAAAUGACACGCAUUUUGAAAAUUUGGUAUCAAAGUUUUGGCGUAUAGAAAAAUUGGAGACGGACCCACCUUUAACAUUAGAAGAAAAAAUGUGUAGGAGUCAUUUUGACAAAACAGUCCAACGGGACAAAACCGGACGUUUUAUUAUCCGUUUGCCGUUUAAAAAUACAAAUAACGCGUCCGCAUUAGGAAAAUCGUAUCAGAUCGCAAGGCGGCGAUGGGCGGCGACCGAGAAUAGACUCCGAAAUAAUAUACCUCUACGCGAAGCAUAUACGCAAUUUAUGCACGAAUAUGAAGCGUUAGGCCAUAUGGAACGGGUAAUUGAAAAAGAGGACGAGGAAAAUAAAAAGAGUUGCUAUUUGCCACAUCACGCGGUUAUAAAUGAAAAUAGUACGACGACCAAGGUGAGGGUGGUGUUUGACGCGUCCUGUAAGACAGAAUCUGGCAACAGCUUGAACGAUUUAUUAUUAAAAGGGCCCGUUUUGCAGGACGAACUAUUAUACAUAUUAGCGCGUUUCCGUACCUAUAAUUAUGUCUUAUCAGCUGACAUUACAAAAAUGUACCGACAAAUUAAAGUAGCUAACGAAGAUUGUAACUAUCAGCGGAUAUUGUGGCGAGCCGAUCCAAAAAUGCCAAUACAAGUUUAUCGUCUUACCACAUUAACUUACGGUACAGUACCUGCCGCUUUCAUAGCAACAGCUUGUUUAGAAAAAUUGGCUGAGACAGGAAACGAUUACCUACGUGCACGUGAAUCCAUAAAAAGUGAUUUUUAUAUGGAUGACUAUUUGAGUGGCGCGUCAACAAAAGAAGAAGCUAUAAGGUUAAAACAUGAAGUACUGUCAAUAUUAGGGCAAGCGGGUUUCGAGCUACGGAAGUGGUCGUCCAAUGACCCUAGUAUUAUAAAUAGUAAUAUGUCGGUCGGUGACAAAGGUGCGGGUAACGACGUGCGUGUUUUCGAUUGUGCGAUAACAAAAAUACUAGGCCUAUUCUGGGAACCGAGCGACGACGUAUUACGGUAUAAAGUAAGCGAAUACGUUGAAAAUACGGAAAUUAUUAACAAACGAAAAAUACUGUCCGAAAUAGCUACAAUAUUCGACCCCCUCGGUUUAGUAGGUCCAGUGGUAGUAGUAGCUAAAUUAUUUAUGCAAAAUUUAUGGCAGUUACGUGUAAACUGGGACAAACAAUUACCGAAAGACGUAUCCGACGAAUGGCUACAAUACAAAAAAUGUUUACCGCGACUAAAUAAACUAGUAAUUCCGCGUAUGAUUAUUAGUAAACAUAAAAUCAUAAAUAUCCAAAUUCAUGGAUUUGCUGAUGCAUCGACAAAAGCUUAUGGCGCAUGUUUGUAUUUACGUAGUACGGACGAAGUAGGUACACAUACAGUGAGACUUAUAUGCGCCAAAUCUAAGGUCGCACCGUUAAAAACGAUAUCAUUACCGAGACUAGAACUAUGUGCUGCGUUACUAUUGGCGCGUAUGCAGCAUCGUGUAAUUCCAAAAUUACGACUAGAAAUAGAGAGAAAAUAUUUUUGGUCGGAUUCUACUAUUACUCUUGCUUGGAUCUCGUCACCGUCCACCAGGUGGAAAACAUUUGUUGCCCACAGGGUUGGAGAGAUUCAGGAUUUAUCCUGCACUAAGGAUUGGCCGGCAAAAAAUGAGGUUUUACACCAUCAAUUAAAUGGUAAAAAUAUUCCUGAAAAACAAAACGUUAUAGAAUUUUCCGGUAUUACCACGGAUACAUUUUCUAUAUUUGACAAGUAUUCGUCGUUGAAUAAAAUAAUACGAAUUACCGCCUAUUGCGUGCGUUUUUAUAAUAAAAUAAAAGAACCAAAAAUAUCAGAGUGCGGAGUUUUAACAACAACUGAUUUACAUAAUGCAAAUUUGCGACUUUUAAUUAAAGUACAAAAGGACCAUUUUGAAAAGGAGUUAAAUGAAUUAAAUUCGGAAAAUGGUCAGGUAUCGUCGAAAAGCAAGUUAUUCAGAUUGAGACCGUUUCUCGACGAAGAGGGAUUAAUCCGUGUGGGCGGGCGGCUAAAAAAUGCGUUAUCAUUAGGCAUUUUUCAAAAGCACCCCAUAUUAUUACCAAAAGAGUCCGCGUAUACAAAUUUGUUGUUUCAACGGGAGCAUGAACAGUUAUUACACGGGGGUCCACAAGCAAUGUUAGCGUCGAUCCGGCUGCAAUAUUGGCCACUUAAUGCCCGGAAUAUAGCUCGAAAGACCGUGUACCGUUGUGUGAAAUGUUUUCGAAUGAAGCCUACGGUGGUACAACCAAUCAUGGGUAAUUUACCUAGAGAGCGUGUAGAAAUCCAAUCUCGUGCAUUUCAAAUCUGCGGUGUCGAUUUCGCGGGGCCUAUAAUGGUAAAACAGAGUUUAAGGCGAAAUGCACCCGCGACAAAAGGGGUAGAAGCGUGUUUAAAUUCUCGGCCUUUAACGGCUUUGUCCUCGGAUCCUUCCGAUUUAUUAUACAUCACUCCAGCUCAUUUCCUAAUCGGAGACUCCCUAAUGUCUAUACCGGAGCGGGAUGAAACAAAUACUCAGGUAAACCGGUUAGACCGUUGGCGUCGCGUUCAACAAUUCUCACAAAUUUUGUGGAAACGUUGGAGUCGAGAGUAUUUGCAUCAAUUGCAAGAGAGGUCAAGAUGGGCUAGUGAAAAGGGACCCAAAGUGGAUAUCGGCAGUGUAGUUUUAAUUAGUGAAGAUAAUCUGCCACCCUUACGGUGGAAAAUCGGACGAGUGAGAGAGGUGACACGGGGAAGUGACAACAUCAUUCGUACCGCGGUAGUAAAAACGGUUGAUGGCGAGUUAACCAGGGCAGUGCGUAAGCUGUGUCCACUACCAUUCGAAGGCAAUGAUGGUUAA